GGUGGUACACCUUAUCCGCGAACGGCAGGACGGAAAAUGGCUGAGUUACUUCUUGAAGGCUACAGAAUGCCCAAGCCAAGUCAUGUGGUUGAUGCUCUGUAAGUUUAUAAACCAAAUGGCUGGUAACCAAAAUACUGAAGCGGUCAAUCUUAACUUGUUAACAUGGAGACAAAUAAUAUGUGAUUGAGCGAUGACUUUUAUAAAGAGGAAGGAAAUUUUAUUCAGUUCAGUGCAGUCUUUAAUAACCAAGAAGUAUUUCCCCGGGCUUGGGGUACGACAUUACAUGUAACAGUUGUGUAAAACACUCCAUGGGAGAGACAGCUAGAGCUCUGGAGAAGAGACUGGUCGAACACCAAAAACAAACAACAUCCGCAGUCUAGGAACACCAGUCUAAAACCUCCCAUGAGAUCGACUGGGAGGGGUCAAGAUCUUUGACCAGGAGACGGUGGAAUUCAAAACAGAAAAUCAAGAAGGAGGUCAUCCAUAUCAGACGCCAGUGUCCAACCCUAAACAAAAAUGGGGUUACGAACUUCCCGCGAUUUUUAACCAUUUGUUGUCACGUGACUUAUUCACGUGACAAUACUGAGCGUUUACUGCUGAUGAAAACUGUGAGAUGCAUUAGAAAGCUACGAGACUAAAAUCUGAGACUUUUGGGACUAGAAUUUAUUUUUCAAAAUGUAAUAUUUCAUUGUUUAGUAUUAUCCCAUUUGUAGCUAUUUUGCGUGGAAAACUCCUGUAUCAUCCCUUCCUUGAGCCCAAGAGAUCUGUUUCUAUUUUUCCGCUAGCUUAAUCGAAAGGUUAAAUAGAAAAACCUAAUGUUUAUUCAUAGAUACCAGAUGAUGCUUAACUGUUGGCAAGAAGAUCCUGAUGAGAGGCCAACAUUUGAAGCUCUACGUCAUGAAUUAAAGGAGAUGGAAAACCAAAAUAAGAUG